AACGGAUUUUAGACGAGAGCUAAUUAAUACAAAAAAAAAAAAAACCCUAGCUUUUCGAUCCCAGGCGUUAAAAAUCCCUCUUCCGCCGCGAAAAAUUCGAGGACAGGUUCAGUGAACGCGUGCUCAUCGUGUUGUUACUUAUGCUCCAUUCUUCUUCGAGAAGUUUCAGCGGUUUUGAUUGGUGAAGGGAUCGAGGGAGGUCGCUGAGUUGAAGAAGAUGAAGGCAGCGGCGACGGCGGCGGAGGAGAAGAGCCCGGAUUGGUUGCCGGAGGGAUGGGCGGUGGAGAUCAGAGAGGGGGAUGACGGGGAGAAGGUUAAGUGUUAUAUAUCUCCUGUGCCUGAACACACGUUUUAUUCAAAGCAAGAGGUUUUGCAUCAUCAUGGAGUUACAAAGGUUGAUGGUCAUACAUCUGAUGCAGCACCCAUUUCUAAACAUAACGAGAUGGAUGUGGCGCCGCAGGUGAGAAAUUCACCAGAAUGGUUACCACAUGGAUGGAUUCUGGAAAUUAGAGCUCGACAGACUGGUGAUAAAGCGGGACAGAAGUAUAAGAGUUACUUUGAUCCCUUUUCUGGAUCCCGAUUCUAUUCUAAGGCAGAGGCACUUCGGUUUCUCAAGUCAAGAGACCCAUGUACUCCUACAUCCGGAGAGAAAAACCGCUUUAAAGCAAACACGCCAGAUAAUGUCAUUUCUCAAAUUGAGUAUUCCCCGGAUGGGUUGCCUCAUGGUUGGAUUAAAGAAACAGUGUUCAGAAAAUCUAAGAGCAGGAGUACGGGAAUAAAAAAAGACCCGUAUUACACCGAUCCAAUCAGCGGGUAUGUAUUUCGCUCCUUUAAGGAGGCCAAGCAAUAUGUGAAAACUGGGAAGCCCGGUAAAUAUGCAAUUGGACCUAGGAAAAGCAGUGCAAAGGGAUUGUAUUCCUUAGAAAAGAAAUCCCCUCCUUCUGUUCCAGCCAAAGAAGUGAAAUCACAGGCACGUACAGUGCACUGCCUUUCUAAAGAAGAGGCCUCAGCAUCAAAUGGAGAGAGCACAAUUGAGAUCAACGAAUCGCAUGGAGAAGAAAAACCAAAACAAACCAGAUCAACAAGGAACAGCUUCAAACCUGAGAAUGACAAGCAGAGGGGGGAAUUACUCGAAAGGCCAUCACAUGAAAAUGGGAUGAUAGAGAUCAAAUCACAAGGAGAAGAAAAACCUAAGCAAAGCAGACUAACCAGAAACAGAUCAAAACUUCAGAACGAAAAGAAGAGUGAGGAAUUACUCGGAAAGCCGCCAAAUGAGUCCUCAAAAUCAAAUGAAAAGGGGACAACAGAGACCAACAAAUCACAACAAGAAGAAAAACCAAAGCGGGGCAGACCACCUAAUAAGAGGCCCAGACCUGAAAAUGAAAAAGAGAGUGAGGAGUUACUCGAAAAGCCAGUAAAUGGGUCAAUAGAGAUCAAUGAAACACAAGAAGAAGAAAAACCAAAGCAAAGCACACCAUUUAAUAAAAAGUCCAAAUCAGAGAAGAAAAAGGAACCAACAAGGCCUGAAACCAUUGAGUUAGUACACCAGCAAAGCACACCAUUUAAUAACCAAGGUCUGGAGAAUCAUUCUCAGCGGGCCAACGAAAUAACACCAGUUACUAAAGAAAGGAAGCUGAGAAAAAGCAAAGGAGCAUCAAUUGCCGUGCCUCGACGAUCAUCAAAAAGGUUGGCGGGGUUGGACCCCACUCCUACAACUGAGUUAGUAAUAUCCAAUAGAGACCAUAAUAAUGAAACCAAAGAGCCAGUUCCUUCAGCUGAGCCUGAAACAACAAACACUAUAGAAGCAGCUUCUCAAAGAGAGCAGCAGGUUUUGAUACCUUCAACAGAGCCUGGAACAAUAAACACUGUAGAAGAAGCUUCUCACAGAGAAGAAGUUCCGCAAACAGAACAAACUUCUUCGUUCGCUUUACCUUUUGUUAAUGCUUGGGAUGAUCCAUGCAUAGAGUUUGCUGUUAAAACUCUUAUGGGUGAGAUCCCACUGUUGGAUGAAGGGCUUGCCAUUGAAGAGUACUUCCAGAAGCAGCGAAGCACAGCAGAAGCGUCAAUAAUGCCCUCGACUUCUAAUAACCAAGGUUUGGACACUGGAAAGCUAGUUGGCCCUGAAGAGCUACCAAAAGAGCUGCAUUUUUCUGUUAAUAAUGAUGAGGGUAAGUCAUGUUCAUUGGAGAAUGGAAUGCCUUCAAAAUCAAAUGCAGAGGCAUCCAGAGUUAGAGGUUAGAGGGUUUCGUCAUUGAGAAGAUAAACCUUUGUUGUGAAGUAUAGAAGAGCAAUUUGCCCCUUUUUAAUUUGGUUAUAUUUUGUCUAAUUUCAGUUGGGAGACUCUUGGGGAAAUAGUUUUCUUGUUGAAGUGUUUAUGGUUAAGUUUAUGAUGCCUUCAAAUGCAGAGGCAUCCAGGGUUAGAGUUUUAGAGGGUUUGGACAGUCAGAAGGUAUAUACCCAGCUUUUAGUUUGUUAUGAAGUAUAGUAGAGCAAUUUACCCCUUUUUGCUGUAAUUUUGUCUAAUUUCAGUUGGGAGACUCUUGGGGAAAUUGUUUAGUUGUUGAACUGUUUAUGGUUAGUUUAAAAUGGAAGGUUAAUUUUUGUGGAUUUGC